AUGGGCAUAGCCUUCGACUACGCCCCCGACCGCCCCGCUCACAUCGACACAAUCCUCAACGGUCUCGACAGAUAUAACCCAGAGACCGUGACGAUAUUCCAAGAAUACGUGACACAGCAAUGCGAAGACCGGACGUAUGACUGCUACGCGAACCUCGCCCUCCUCAAGCUAUACCAAUUCAACCCGCACCUCCUCCGCGACGACACCAUAACCUCCAUCCUCAUCAAAUGCCUCACCGUCUUCCCGGCCCCCGACUUCUCCCUCUCACUGCACCUCCUCCCGCCCCACAUCCUCGGCCAACCCUCCCCCUCCAACCCCCUCACCCUCCCCUCCACCCCAUCCUCCUCCUCUGACCCCAAACCGCACGCCAACGGCACCAACGGGGGCCCCGCUCCCGUCGAAACACCCCUGGUCGAAGCAAUCCACAAACUCGUCUACCUCAACACGCUGCUCGAGUCAGCGGAAUACGCAAAAUUCUGGGACGUGCUGGAGAGCGAUGACUUGUACGCGGAUCUGACGGCGGACGUGGCGGGCUUUGAGGAGCUGAUGAGAGUGAGGAUUGCGGUGACGGUGGGCCAGAUUGCGAGGGAGUUGAAACGGGAUGUGGUGGAGGGGUGGUUGAAUGUGAGGGGCGCGCAGUUUGAGGGGUUUGUGGGCGAGAUUUGUGGUUGGGGGUACGAUGAGAGGAAUGUGAGGGUGCCGGUUAAUAAGGAGAAUGAGGCUAAGGGCACGACGGUUAGGGAGGAGGUGAAGUUUGAGCAGUUCGAGCGGGUGGUGAGGAGGGGGUUUGAGGUACUUGCUUAG